AUGUUCCAACUUAGGUGGGCGCCCGCCGAAAUGUCGGUCGACAGAAGUCACAUUACAUUGCUGCGGUCGGCGUGUCGGGGAACGCGCCGAUGUGGGCCAGAUUUUGGCUCCGGAGAGGCCCCACGCCCUCGCGUUCUUGGCUCUCGCCUUUGCGAACAAGGCCAGCGUCAAUAUAAUGUAUGCCCAUGGUCGCAUGUGCGUUUUGCUUCUCGCGCCAGCACUUCCCCUCCCCCGAUCGUCUACGAGAACAUGAUGCGAGAGGAGGGCUUCCAGAAGCGGGUUGCGGUCCCACGCGCCCAGCUCGACAUCUCACACGACGGCAUCGUCACGUGCGAGGAAUUUAUGCGGAUGGGCCCGCAGCUGGUGCUCCCCACCAGGGAGCUGCAGCUCGAGGCCAGCUUCUACGGGCACUGCUCCGUGGCCCUCAGGAAGGCCACCAGGGCGCAGAGGGCGAUCGACAGGGCCCAGGCCGCGGACGGCGAGGACUCCGAGAGCUCGGACGAGGGCUGUCUGCAGUCGUGA